CGGCCUGAGGGGCGAUCUGCGGCCUUCGAGGCCCGACGCCCCCUUUUCUUCGACCUCAAAGGCCGGGAGGAGGCGGGCCGCGCCUGAAUGGGUUCAUUCGUUCGUUCAUUCAUUCAGCCUGAGCCGGGAUCGGCCCCUCUGGUGGGGUGAUAACGGCGGCGGGGUGCCGACUCCGCCUCUUUAGACAUUUUUUUAACUGGUUCGGUCCCCACAGCAACCCUACCGUGAGCUGCCCGUUCCAUAGAUGGGGAAGCGGAGGCACGGAGAGGUCAGAGAAACAUGGCAGCAAGGAGGAUUGCACAGGAGACUUUUGAUGCUGUGUUGCAGGAAAAAGCUAACCGAUAUAUGGACCCCAGUGGUGAGGCUGUAGGUGAAACUCUUCAGUUUAAAGCUCAAGAUCUUCUAAGGACAGUCCCAAGAGCCAGAGCAGAUAUGUUUGAUGACAUUCACAGUGACAGCAGGUACACUCUGAGCACAUCUGUAACUCAUCCUCGAGACACUGGGAGAGAAGGCCUGAGAGGUGAUAUAUUUCCAGGACCUUCCUUCAGGUCAAGCAACCCUUCUGUAAGUGAAGACAGCUACUUUCGCAAAGAAUGUGGUCGGGAUCUGGAAUUUUCCCACCCUAACUCCCGAGACCAGGUCUUUGGCCACCGGAAACUGGGACAUUUCCGUUCUCAGGACUGGAAAUUUGCACUCCGUGGCUCUUGGGAACAAGAGUUUGCCCACUCAGUUUCUCAAGAAUCCUCUUGGUCACAGGAGUAUAGUUUUGGCCCUUCUGCAUUACUGGGGGACUUUGGCUCCUCCAGGCUGAUUGAGAAAGAGUGCUUGGAGAAGGAGAGUCGUGAUUAUGACGUGGACCGUCCAGGGGAGGCGGACUCUGUGCUCAGGGGCAGCAGCCAAGUCCAGGGCAGAGGCCGAGGUCUAAACCUUGCUGACCAGGAGGGUGCUCUCUUGGGAAAGGGGGAGACUCAAGGCCUGCUCACUUCUAAAGCUGGGGUUGGGAAACUUGUCAUGCUGAGAAACGUGAGCACGAAAAAGGUACCCACUACGAGUCGUGUCACUCCCAAAACUCAGGGCACUAACCAAAUCCAGAAAACCACCUCAAGUCCCGACGUGACCCUGACGACGAACCCAGGGACAGAAGAGGUCCAGUUCCCCACCCGGAAAGUCCCUCUGGGGCUUGAUCUAAAGGAUAUCCGGCUCCCCAGGAGAAAGAUGAGCUUCGACAUCAUAGAUAAGUCAGAUGUCUUCUCGAGAUUUGGGAUAGAAAUAAUCAAGUGGGCAGGCUUCCACACCAUAAAAGAUGAUGUUAAGUUUUCCCAACUUUUCCAGACUCUCUUUGAACUUGAAACAGAAACCUGUGCUAAAAUGCUCGCCUCAUUCAAAUGCUCCUUAAAACCAGAGCACAGAGAUUUUUGCUUUUUUACUAUCAAAUUUUUAAAGCACUCUGCUUUGAAAACACCCAGAGUUGAUAACGAGUUUUUAAACAUGCUUUUAGACAAAGGUGCUGUGAAGACCAAAAAUUGCUUUUUCGAAAUCAUAAAGCCCUUUGAUAAAUACAUAAUGAGACUACAAGACCGGCUGCUGAAGAGUGUCACACCCCUGCUCAUGGCCUGCAAUGCCUACGAGCUGAGUGUCAAGAUGAAGACCCUCACUAACCCCUUGGACUUGGCUAUUGCCCUGGAGACCACCAAUUCUCUCUGCCGGAAGUCUUUAGCUCUUCUGGGACAGACAUUCUCCUUGGCCUCUUCCUUCCGGCAAGAGAAAAUCCUGGAAGCUGUCGGCCUCCAAGAUAUAGCUCCAUCUCCUGCUGCGUUUCCAAACUUCGAGGACUCUACUCUGUUUGGGAGAGAGUACAUCGAUCACCUGAAGGCCUGGCUGGUCAGCAGUGGGUGUCCACUCCAGGUCAAGAAAGCUGAAUCUGAGCCAGCCCGAGAUGAGGAGAGAGCUGUGCCUCCUGCAAAACCUGAAAUUCAGGCCAAGGCUGUGAGUGGUCUGAGUGAUGAGGUCCCCCAGCGAGCAGAUCACAAGGUGGCGGACAUCAUCGACCAGCUGGUUGCACGCGUCACUGGAGGCAGCCUGUCUCCCAAAGAGAGAGCUCUUCUCAAGGAGGACCCUGCUUACUGGUUUUUGUCUGAUGACAGUAGUCUGGAGUAUAAAUACUACAAGUUGAAACUGGCAGAGAUGCAGCGGAUGAGCCAGACCUUGCCAGGCACAGAUGAGAAGCCGACGGCAGCAGAGUGUGCGGUCCGGGCGAUGCUGUACGCCCGGGCAGUCCGCAGCCUCAAGAGGAGGCUCGUCCCAGCGCGGCGGCGGGGGCAUCCUCGCGCUCAUGGGCUCCGGGGCUGCAAAGUGAGGAGAGCCACCACUGGGACCCAGACCCUGCUCUCCUCAGGCACCAGGCUGAAGCACCAUGGCCGGCAGGCCCCGGGCUCCCUGCCGGGCAAGCUGCCCCAGCCGGACAGAAAUGAUGCUGCCAAGGACUGCCCCCCAGAGCUGGCUGGACCCUCACCUCGGGACCCCAGCCCAGAAGCCUCCGGCCCAUCCCCCAAACCAGCAGGCAUGGAUGUCUCUGAAGUCCCUCAGACCUCUUCUCCCUGCCUGUCUGCUGAUGUUGAUACGAAGACAAUGGAGACUGCAGAGAAACUGGCCAAAUUUGUUGCUCAGGUGGGACCAGAGAUUGAACAGUUCAGCAUAGAAAACAGCAUUGACAACCCUGACCUUUGGUUUCUACAUGACCAAAAUAGUUCGGCUUUCAAAUUCUAUCGAAAGAAGGUAUUUGAACUGUGCCCGUCGAUUCGCUUUACGUCAUCUCCACUGACGCUCCAUGCCAGCGAGCGCGCCGAUUCUCAGGAGAGCCCUCUGGGGCCCCCGGAAGGAGAAGGGGAGUUUGAGGACGAGCCCUCUCAGCACGAGGCUGAGCUGGAGAGCCCAGAGGCGAUGCCUGAGGAGGAGGAGGACGAUGAGGAGGAUGAGGAAGGGGCCGAGGAGGCCUCCCCGCCUGGAGCGGCCUCCAGGCCGGCAGAAGGGGCCAAGCCUGAGGGCUCGGAGGGCAGCCCCGCAGCCGACGGCCUCCUGAGUGAGGUGGCCGAGGACAGCCCGGCUGGGGGGCCUGCCCUGGCCCAGGCCUCCUCAGGGGCCUGCUUCCCCCGGAAGAGGAUCAGCAGCAAGUCACUCAAGGUCGGCAUGAUCCCAGCUCCCAAGAGGCUGUGUCUCAUCCAGGAGCCCAAGGUUCACGAACCAGUUCGAAUUGCCUAUGACAGGCCUCGGGGUCGCCCCGUGUCCAAGAAGAAGAAACCCAAGGACUUUGACUUUGCCCAGCAGAAGCUCACCGACAAGAACCUGGGGUUCCAGAUGCUACAGAAGAUGGGCUGGAAGGAGGGCCAUGGCCUGGGCUCCUGUGGGAAGGGCAUCAGGGAGCCCGUCAGCGUGGGAAGCUCGUCAGAAGGGGAGGGGCUGGGUGCCGACGGGCAGGAGCACAAAGAAGACACGUUUGAUGUCUUCCGUCAGAGGAUGAUGCAGAUGUACAGACACAGACGGGCCAGCAAAUAGGUAUGUGUGUGAGCCGGUGGGGGGCGCUCUGCCUGAGCCAGCGUGCCAGGGCGUAGAACACAAACACCAAAGUAUCACUCCCCCCAAAUCAUAAACCUGAGGGAAACACUAGGGGUGUUUGGCUGUGGGUGCGUCCCGCCUCUCACCUUCCAGGUUUGGCUGAAGGAGCGAGCCCCCGCUCACCCUGCGCCGCUGCCUGCAGCCUGUGGUGGGGCCUGAGCCCUGGGCCGUCCUGUGGAAACAAGCUGCCUCGGAAGUGGCCUUGUGUCCUGCACGUGUAAGGGUGACCUCGAAGCUGGCACCGCAGAGGACGCCACUUGUACCUCGUCUCAAUUUGAGGGUCUUCCAGUCCUUUUCCUUCCGGAGGGCCUUUGGCCUAUAAAUAUCCUUAUCUUUCUCCCCUCCUCUUAGUUUUCUUCCCGACCCAUAAUUUCCAACUCAGUUUUGAACAAAAUCGUUCUCUCCCUGAAUAGAUGAAAACCAUUGGUGAGAAAGAUAAGGCUUGAAGCAGCAAUUACUCUUAAAACGCCACCUCUGUCCCGGAUCAGCCCUGGAGCCAGUGCCCAAGUAGGUUUGGUGUGUACAUGGAAAGCAAACAUCUCUGCAGUUUCUGGUGUGGAGGUUCCACCCGCUGGCUUUUCUUUUUCUUAAAAAACAAACAAAAUGCCCCGUUUCUAGUCUGCUUUUGCCUUUCCCCCUUCUUCCAAAUGCUUUUGGCAGCAGGUCUUCUGCAGGUCUCUGCUGGUUCCACUCAGAAGGUGGGGUUGCCCUUGAAAGCACCAGCGCCCUGUAAGUGCCCGGAACCGGCCUCCGUCGGGUUUCCUGCCCAGGACACACUGCUCUCUGAAAGCGAUCUGUUGGCAAACUUAAUCCUGAAAUAGUCAUGGAUUGUGUCUUCUCAAAUUCAAAUAGGGAAUAUGAAUCAGGAAUAAUGAAGCCUGUGCUCUAGUACCACAGCCUGUCGGUCUGAGUGCUGAAGCUCUUUACACUAGUGGAUUCAAUGAACAUAUUAUUUAUGGAGUCUCAACUCUUAAAUGCAUCCCUAGAGACUUAAUGAAAGUUCACUGAUGUAUUCAGCAGCUUAAUUCAUUGGGGAGUAAUUAUUACACUAAUGAAACUUUCCCCAAAUUUAAAUUCUCUUUAAAAUCCACAAAGCAAACUAGUUUUUUUUUUUAACCACAUAUGGAGUGUUUCCUGCAAGGGGUCGGAGGGUGAACUCUUCAAAGUUCCGUUUUCUGCCUGCGUGCAGCGUAAGGAGUUGUUUUGUUAGGGACAGAAAGGGUCCUCUUGGGGUGGGCUCUGCAGCUGUUUGCUAUUUCAAGACGUAUGAUGGCCGCCCCUUCCCGCUUCUCACACUCCACCUCUUGCAGCUACAUGUGGAAUUCUCAGGCUGGGGGAUCUCUCAACCCUUCAUCAGAAAGCAGCAGUGUUGAAGUUUUAAAUAUGUGUUAAAACCUGAAAAAAGAGAUCCUGCUGAUAACUGUAAGCUUGGGGGACACAGCGGUGAAUGACCCCAUCAGCCACUUUCAUUGACAGUUAUGAAAUCCUCAUUUUCUCAAAUCUUCAGCUCUCCUGGGCUAUAGUACCAGCCUCCUCUGGAUCUCUCUCUGUCUGGCCCGCACUCAUUGGCACAGCGUCGCAUUCCCACCUGAUGCUGCCUGUCUUCAUGUCACGGGUAGUCCCCAGAGCUCUGCUUGCUCCUGGUCACUUCUGUUGUUUUGGCAGAUGUUUAUGGGUGGACGUGUUGGAGGUUCUUCAACAGAGUUGAAAUAGCCUGCAGGGGUGGUGUGGUUUGGGGGAAUCACCUCCUUUUUUAAUCCUUCCAAUAGCCUUCCAUGUUGGCUGUGAGUCAGGCAGAGUGAUUGAACUCUGAGACCUGGGCCUCAGUCCCCCAUGGCCCGUCACGGAGCGCGCAUGCCCAGCGCACGCCCAGGGUGAGGUGUGCACCCCCAGCAUGGGUUCUCGCUCUUCAAGCGUAGCUUUGACCAUCACAUUCACUUUGUCCUAGUGUGUCAUUCCUAGCUUUCUGCUUUUAUUUGUAAAUACAAUACUUUAGGAAUUCCCAGGAUUCGAGCCCUAUUCAAUCCACAGCCUCCUGCCACCCCUCCUGGGGGUGUCCUGCUUUGGCUGACACUGAGCCUUUGGCAAACGUCAAAGGGAACACCUACUUCUUGAGCCUGGAAAGUCCCGUAAACACUCAGGUGACAUUUCUGUGGUGACGGCAUUGCGGCAGUCAAGGCGUUGUGGGGGCCGGGGAGGAGCGUGGCGGUGCGCCCCGCCCGUCUCCGGGGACCAGCACGCUGGCCCCACGCCUGCCCUUGCUCUCUCCGGCAGAGGCCACUCUGCGGGGGCGUGCGUGCCAGCAAGCGUGACGUGCAGCUGCGUGGCCUCGUCAAAGUCACAGUGUCUUUUCUGUCAUUCUAGUUCCAGGGGCUCUUCCGUGAGGACGACAGGCAUCCGGAAAGUGCUAGCUCGCCACUUUGGGUGCUUACUGUCUCUGCCUUGUUUCCAUCACUGGAAAUCAUAGAGAAUUUUAGCUUUUUGGUCCUUGGUAAAACCUAGAAGACAUUUGUGAUGUUACAAAAUGGAAGUUUGGGGGGUUUGGGGUUGUUUUUUUUCUUUUUUUUUAAUCUAAGAAGUUGUGGAUGUUGUUAAUCAUUUAGCAGUUGAAAUAAAUGUAGAGAAAACCCAAUUUUC